AAGAGGCUGCGUAACCAAGCAGACAUAGAAAGCCUUGUUUAUUGUCCUGCCAGAGAAUUUAAAUGUGGCAAGGAUUGGUCUGUUUUCCUUCUUGACAUUUCGAAAUUAGUGAGUUGUAGGCACAGAACAUCGCGAUCCUGAUAUACCCUUUUCUAAGAUGGAAUCAGGCGGGUCGCCAGAAGAAAGGACAUGCAGAUCUUGUAAGAAAACCGCGCGAUUUCUCUGCCAGAGUUGUGAUUACCAUCUGUGUAGAACAUGUAAAAAUAGGCACCUUAAAUACAGGAGGGCAGACGAACACUCAGUUGUUCAACUUAAAGGUUUGCAAAAUGUCAUGAUGGAGGAACGCUGCUCUGUACACAGAGGGAAGUUUUUGGAAUUGUUUUGUAAGAAAUGUAGCACACCGGUGUGUUCCGUUUGUGUGACAGAAAAGCAUAAUGGACAUAUCUUUGGAGAUUUUGCUGCUGUUUAUUCAAUGGCUUUAGAAUUCAUUAAGGGUAAAAUUUGUAAAAUAAGAGAAGAACUGCUACCAAAAUACCAAGCUUCUCUAAAGGAACUGCAAAAGAAAGAACGAGUAAUCCAAAACCAGAUAUCAAAAUUGACAGAAACAGUGGACGAGUGUGAGAAACACGUCAAUGCACCUCCUGCGGAAUUGGUUUCAUUUUAUGAAACUUCCAAAUCGGACAAUGAGGGAGUGUCUCUACCAGAAAUUCAAACUGAAUAUCCCCAUGCGGAUGACGAAAUGACUUUCCAAAAAUCUUACAAAGCAGCACAUCUUGAUCAAUACAUACGCGUCUGUGCAGCGGCCAACUGCGGACGAACGAGCUCUCGUCAUCCAACCCCUUCUCCCGGGUUUUUGGAUGAUAACCUGUCUGUUAACAAUGAGAUUUCAGUGCCAAUUGUGAAGAGUACUCAUCAUAUAACAUGCACACCGGAUGGUCAUGUUUGGGUGAGUGACAACGUGGGAAAUUUGGUCUUGAUGGACAUUCGAGGCAACUGUCUAAUGAAGCUGGUGACUAGUAGUGGGGACGAAGGUUAUCACUCGGUCACCUCUAACGGGGAAUUGAUCUACGCAGACAAAGCAAGCAGAAGCGUGAGGAAAAUCACAACCAGCAAGGAAGUCAAAACAAUCUUGAAAACGGGUAUGUGGAGACCGACGUGUGUUUUCUCAUCCCCAAAGAACAUGGACAUUUUUGUAGGAAUGGUUUCUGACCAGAAUGCCAAAAUAGGACGAUUUGACAGAAGGGGAAACUGUCUUUUGGACAUCCAUACAGACAGUAGAGGCGAGCCAAUGCUGAAAUAUCCUCUCUACUUAACCGAAAACAAAAACGCGGAUAUUUGCGUCUCUGACGUCAACAAGCACGCUGUGGUUGUCAUGGACAAGUUUGGACGACAUCGUUUUAACUACAAGGGUGGUGGUGGCGGCGGAGGUUUCUGGCCUCAUGGAAUCAGCACAGACGAGCAAGGGCACAUUCUGAUCUGCAACUCCUACUACUCAAAUCCGUCUGUUCACAUGAUAGACGAAAAUGGUGUAUUCUUGUUCAUCAUCUUAGCACAGAAGCAUGGCCUUCAAAAACCCCGUGGUUUGUGUGUGGACAACCAACAGCGACUGUGGGUAGGGCAGUGGCACGACAACAAGGUCUGCGUUUUCAAGAUCUCAAUAUAAGGAUAUUACAGGGGACCAGUGGGGAAAGUAGUUCUGGAAAUCGUUCUCUUCCUAAAUAACAUACAAACACACUCUUGCGCACAAACACACGUAAGGCAAGCCUUGAAAUUUACUUAUGAUAGAAACACUUGCGGACCAAAAACGUAAUAUUCAAUUUAUUUCUUCACUGCAACUGUUCAUCGUCAUUUUAGUGAUUUAAGAAGCACGUGUACGUGUAUCUAUGAGAGUGACCUAACAUUGUACAUAAGAUUUUCAAUGAAGUGGGCCAAUCCGUUUGAUCUGCGAUGACGAAGCAAGUAUUAAUUAUAUCCAGAUUACUGGUAUAUAAUUUUUUUUAAUAAAAGUUAUUUUCAUGGUAAACUUGUUGGGUUUGGAACACCAAAUCAUUCAACAUAAAAAGUAAUGACAUCUCUCUCUCUCUCUCUCUCUCUCUCUCUCUCUCUCUCUCUCUCCGGAAAAAUGACUAUAUAGAGUCCCCCCCCCGGAAAAAUGUAGAUCUUCCCCCUCGGAAAUGUGGCUAUAUAGUAAAAUUUUCCCCCUUUAUAGCCAGAUGACCCCCACGGAAAACCUACUAUAUAGUAGAUUUUCCCCCUUCUUUUCAUUCCGGUUACGUUUACGGCGGACCAUUUUUUGUGGAUUUAUGAUUCUUUACACCUCAUUAGGGGGGAGUGGGAUUUUUUCAAUUGAAUUAGAUGUUUUUGAUAGAAAUUUUCCCCCAACUGUUCUCGGGUCAUUGGUGGAUUUUUAGAUGUGAACAUGUUAUCGAUAUAAUCGUAAUUAUUCCAGGCGGUGUAACUCAGUCCCAUCUGCACUGUCAGUACUUUGAUUUAUACAUAUUCGUUUACAAAAUUUGUCCAUAGAUGAAUUUAUUUUGAAUCUGACAGAUGGACAACGUCAUCAUAUUUCGUUCCUAUAAGAAGAAGAAUCUGGAAAAGUUUUGAUUUUUAGUAUGCAUUCCUUAAUGUUUUAGCUCGCUCAACUGAGCUUUUCUGAUCACCUCUUGUCCGUCGUCUGUCCGUCUGCAACCUUUCCAUAUUUUCUACUUCUUCUCCAGAACCACUGGACCAAUUUCAACCAAACUUGGCACAAAGCUACCUGAGGUAGUGGGGAUUCAAUGUUAUUUAGAUGAAGUGCCACAAUAACAGCGAAAUAGUAAAAAUGCAUCGACGACUUUUAAAAAUCUUCUUCUCCAAAACAACUGGGCCAAUUUCAACCAAACUUGGCACAAAGCAUUCUUAAAUUAAAUCUGUUUAAAUGAAUGGUCAUAGGGCCUCUACAAGGGGAUAUGAUAAUAAAAUAAUGAAUUGUUUGUUACCUUUGAAUUUUUUUUUCUAAAUCAAAGUACUAGUAUAAUGAUAGUUUUGCUCAAGCUUGUUUAUUGCUAGGACCUGCUGCUCGGGUGAGCAAUGUUGCUUAUGGGCCCCUCGUUGCUUUUUAAGUUUCAUAUAACAAUUUUAUGAAAUUGUAGGAUAGAAUUAUUCAAGUGUUAAAACUGCAGUCCUGCACAUACAUUCAUGUGUUUCUCUCUGAUUUGUGGAGUUUAUUUUGUUAAUAUUAUUUUACAAAUAAAAUGAAAAAGCGAC